UUAAUCGUUGUCUUUAUUAUGACAGUGUUUUCGGCGUAUCAGAUAGCUCUGUGGAUUACAGACGGGAUGCAGAUGACCAUGUUACAGAGACUGGAACAUUAUAUGAGGGAAAGAAAGAAUCAAAAAAUGAGAUGGAUAAGGACAAGGAUCUUCAUAGUAAACACAACGCCACGACAACAAGUGACUUUUUGAAAAAGCUUCUGGAAACAUACGACCGACGAAUGCGGCCACAUUUUGAUGGUCCGCCAACAGAAGUUACUGUAGAUAUUUAUUUCAGUCGGAUUGACAGUGUGGGUGAAAGAACUAUGGACUUCGGAGCGACGGCCUACAUUCGACAGCAAUGGAAUGAUCCACGUCUGAAGUACGAUGCUGGCAGCCAACAUAUUCCACCAUCAAGCGACCUAAUUGAUAAGAUAUGGGUACCUGACCUGUACUUCCCUAACGAGAAAGCGGCUCAUUUCCACGACCAAACAGUCGACAAUAUCAUGCUGAGAUUUUCUCCGGAAGGUAAUAUACUAUAUAGCAUGAGGCUAAGUUUAACCUUAGUUUGUCAAAUGAGAUUUGACAUGUUUCCAAUGGACAGUCAGUUAUGUGGUAUGCAACUGGAGACGUACGGCUACACAGAAACCGAUCUGCUCCUGUUAUGGAGACAAAAAGAACCUAUACAACUACCGGAGAAUUUAUAUCUGAGUCAGUUUACUAUCACCGACAACCAAACAGUACGAUGUGACAAAACUUAUUAUACAGGCACAUUUUCAUGUAUUGAAGCUACCAUAAAGUUUAAUAGAGCUCUCGGCUACUAUUGGUUGAGUGCCUUCAUUCCCAGCAUCCUCCUCGUCAUAUUAUCAUGGGUCUCGUUUUGGAUAAAUCCACAAGCUGCUCCAGCUCGGGUGUCCCUGGGGACAACUAUUGUACUGACGGUGACUACUCAAGCAAUUGGUGUGCAUGCUUCAAUUCCUAAGGUGUCUUAUGCAACGGCUAUGGAUGUGUGGAUGCUGGCGUGUCUUAUGUUUGUUGUUGCUUCUCUACUCCAGUAUGCCGUAGUAAACUUCGUUUUAACACACAAAGUAGACAAUGCCAAGAAUGAUUUGAAACAGAUGACCCCGGUGACCCCGAUUGUAGGAUUUAAAAAUGAUGCCACCUACAAUGAAGUCAAUGUUUCUUUUCUUGAUUACACUCGGCGGAGAGAUAUGGAGUCCCAGAAACGACGAUGUAAGACGAGUGGCAACCAUAUUGCGGUUACAAUUGAUAAAUUUUCCAGAGUAAUGUUUCCAAUGGCAUUUAUAUUAUUCAACAUUGUAUACUGGAGUUGCACCAAAACAUGA